AUGGGAGACUGUUGGCAUUGGGUAAUAACUCCUGUGAAAUAUCAUUUCGACGAGGUGUUUUGGGCAAUCGCAGAGAUGGAGCAAACCGAAGUGAAGCUAGGGAUGGAUUUGCUAAGUUUUAUGAAAAAGGAGUUUGGGUUUGUUCCUUCAAGAAAAUGUCUAGAUUUUCUCUUACAUGCUUGUGCUAAUGCCAAUGAUAUGGAGAACAGUUUAUUGGACGGAUCAGGUUCUAGCGUUUGUAGUGGAUUUGGAAGGUGCCAAGGCAUU